AUGAUACUGAUUCAUCACGCCUGGGCCAGCCGGACAUCUGAGGAGAGAAGCGCUUGGAAGCCGCUGGUUAAUGAGCUGGGCUGUGGGGCUGAAGCUGAGGAGUUAGUUCACCUCCACAUCGUCAAACCUGCUCACCGAAAUCUCCAGCUACACGAGAGAGCGGCUCGCCUCGCGCGCCCCUUUAAAUGCGCGCUGUCUCGCGGAGGCUCGCGGCGGAGCGGCACCAUGAGCGCGAGGGUCUGGCUGCUCGCGGCGCUGGCGGCGUGCGCGCUCUGCGGUACAACGGAGAGGGAUCCUCUCCCUGCGCCUCUGGCUGAACUGGUGAAGAGUGGCUCUAUCUCCUCCUCAGAAGAACUGCAGCUACUGCUGCUUUCUGACUCCGUAGAUGAUGAUCAAGAGAGUUCCCAUGCCAACAAUACCAACAAUCGGCUGCCAAGGAGUCUUCUGGAUGCUCAGCCAGCGCAGCAGGCCCUGUGUAAGGUGAGGACAGAGGUCAUGGAGGUCACUCGCUCCAUGCUGGACCGCAGCAACGCUAACUUCCUACUGUGGCCGCCAUGUGUGGAGGUACAGAGAUGCUCCGGAUGCUGCAACACGAAGAGUCUGAGAUGUGUGCCAGUACUUACUCACACACGUUACCUACAGGUAAUGAAAAUCCAGUAUGCGAAUAAGCGUCCAGUUUAUGAUAAAGCCAUUGUCUCAGUUAACGAUCACGUGGAGUGUCGCUGCCAGCCUGCUCCUCGCCCUGCCCCCCGCAGGAAAUCUCCUGCCCACAAACAGGAAGCAAGAGAUCGCGUAGGUAAACCUCGCUAUAAAGACGAACUCCACCGCCGAGAUGAACUCAAACAUAACCAGAGGCUCCGGCUGGAAGACCUGCUUGAGCCCAGCUGGCUGCCCAGGGACAAGCACUCUGAGUCUGCUGGAUUUCCUCCAUCAGAUGGUCAAGAGAUAUUUUUUGGACAUGAUGGCUGGAUUCAUAAUAAGACACACCAUAGUGGACACCGAGGUCAUUAUCAUGGAGAUGGGAGGAAGCAAAAUGGCAGUUCCAAUGGCACAAGGGCAGGGUCUACAGAGAUACUGACCGUUCCCUUACCCAAUCACACGGAGAGGGAAGAGACAGAGACAAGUUUAACACUACUUAAUGUUACAGGACAGAAAGAGCAGUUUCAUAAGGACAGAGUAGAAUUAGAGAUGCAGAGGAAUGCUACAAUAUCUGACCGCAGCCUGAUCAGUCAGGCAUAUAAAAAGGGAGAUAGCCUUACUGAAAUAGCCAGUCAGAUCCCACUGCAUGAGUCUGACUUAAGCAGUCAAGUACAAAGGAAUGAGUCUCAUUAUCAUGUAUAUGUCAAUCAGACGCACAAUGCACCACCUGCAAGGCACAGCAAUCAGACAUACAAGGUCACUCCUGACCCUGCAGAAGAGAAACGAGGGGAUGCAUUUAGUCCAGCAGAAGAGCCUAGUGAAAGGUUGAAGGGAAAUGAGACACCAGAGUUGGACAGGACACAAAAAGAGACAGAAGAAAAGAAGAGCAGCUUCUCUCUGGUUGUGGAGAAACAAGCUUUAGAGGAGGAGAAAGAGGAGCUCCUGCUGCUUCAUAAACUCCUUGAUGAAGAGAAGCACAAGCAUCUCCUGAAAACACAAAAGCUCAGUGAACAAGAUGACCAGAAACAGCACCACAAGCAUCAGCACACCUACGCAACUACACAACGUACAGAAACCACAUCAUCUGCACCAGUUAAAGUGUCCCCUCCCCAUAAACACUCCCAAAAACCUUCUCAGCCCCCUCGACCACCCCCUCAGCCCCUCAAGAAGCGAAGAAAACUUCGCAAUCGCAUCAGCAAGGCUGCCAUGAGGGCCAUUCUUAUGUAGUGCUCACAAACAUGGUAUGGUGCAGUACCAGCGCAAGAGAGAUAUUCUUUCCUGAAUAAUGUAAUUUGCUCUUAGUGUGCUUAUCCAUGGAGAUCCACAAACUACACUACUAAUCCUUGUCCAGUAACCCUGUCCCUGGGAGAAGCUGUGUUUGGUGGACAUUUGGGAACUGAGCUACUUUUUCCCAUGACACAACAGUGACACUGUGGAGGAGGACAUAACUUUAAACAAAUAGAACAUUUAUCACGGAUUAAUGCUGGCAGUUAGACUGGCAAUGCAGUAGUUACUGUACAGUACUCUCCAUCUGUCAUACUCCCAGGUGGAAACAUGAUGUCAUGCUGUGAAACUGAGGGACUGGUUUGAGGGAUGUGUCUUACAGCUCUGAUAUGAAAAAGAGUGAUCUAGAAGCUUUCCUCAAUAGAAAGUAUUAUGGUCAAGAAGCAUUCUGUAAUCGAAUCUCUCUAAAUGUAAAGAUUGGAUGAAAAGUUUUAUAGAAUUUAAGAAGAUUGGUCUACAAUCUUUAUGGAAUAAAAAGACUGGUCUAGAAGCUCUCUGGGAUUUUGAAAGACUGGUCUAGAAGCUCUCUGGACUGGGAAAGACUGGUCUAAAAGCUCACUGUAAUGGGAAAGACCGGUCUAGAAGCUUUCUGGAAUGGGAAAGACUGACCUAGAAACUCUUUGGAACUGAAACAAGGUUGGGAGUAUAGGAUGGGAAAUUAUUCUGGUCUAGAAGUAUUCAGGAGUAGGACAGCUGGUCUGGAGGUUUUCUGGAUUGAAAAUACUGAUCUAGAAAUACUGAUCUAGAACUUUAUUCUUCUUGGAAUAAAAAGACUUUCUGGAAUGAAAGUCUGGAAUGGGGAAAAAUUCUGAUCUAGAUAUAUACUGAAAAACGAUAGGUGGGCUAGAAGCUCUCUAAAUUAAAAAGGAAGAUCUAGAAAUUCACUCAGAUGAGAAAAGCUGGUCUAGAAGCUUUUUAAAAUCGAAAGACUGGUCUAGAAGCUCUCUGGUAUGGAAAGGACGGGCAUAGAAGCUGUCUGUAAAGAAAAGGUUUGGUCUAGAAACUCUCUGAGAUGGAAAUGCCUGUCUAUAAUCUUUAUUUAUGCCAUAGGAGAGAAAGAGAGUCAGGCAGCACCCUGUAUUUUCAUCUGUAGCUGGGUGGUUUGUAUAUGAAUGUGAGGUGGCAACCAGCAUAACUUCGUUUAAGUGUGAGCUAGUAGAGGUGUGUUUAUAUUUAUCUAUUCAUAAAGAAUGUCAGCAUGAAAGACAAAGAGCAUAGCCGAGAAAGAGAGUAAGAGAGAGACUAGCCAACAGAAGCUACAGUGUCAUUCACAAAACCACCGCAUUGAGCAAAUAAAUCAGAGUUUUCAGCUUUUCAGAUUCUUAACUAUGCAGUACUGAACUUUCAACCACUUAAUAGUUACAUAUACAGUACAUAACCAUGAACAGCAUACUGUUUUACUUUAUUUUUUUAUUUAAUUUUCAUAUUAUUUAAUUUGACUGUUAACACUGGAAAUUCACAAAGGACAGAUAAAGGGGUUGCAGUUCUGUUGUAUUAAUUCAGACCUCUAUAAAUAUGAAGGUGCUACAUUAUGAUAAGAAAACAGCUUCACCUUUAAUAUUAUUUAUUCUUUUCAGCUCUCUUUAUCAAUAGUUUAUAUUACUAUUUUCAUGUAUUUGUUGCUCUGCAUUCUGAUAAAAGUGUGCGUGUAGAGGGGGAUAUGUGUCUCCAGGUGUAUAUUUGUGUGUCUCCCAGUGUGGCAAUGUUUGCACCGGACCUUCCCACCAAAAAAUAAAGAACUAAAACUUAACCAACAUAAAUUCAUUUUUAAAUCUGCUUUUUCAUGGUGUUUCUAUGGUGACUACAGUGCGAUGACACAACAAAAGAAAGUCAUUUGGGUGAUGGCGUGUGUGCUGUCAUUAAAAACAAAACUAUUUGAUUUUUAUUUACAUAUUUUCUGCAACUCCUUAUCUGGUAAGAGCUUUUGGCUGUGCACACAAAUUGUAUGUUGUGAUAUUAGAUCCAGUGCAGUGCAGAAGACAAAGAUCACCCUUGAAUUAUUUCAUUUCAAGUUUUGAUGACCAUCAAAUACAUGUUAAUGUGCUUAAGGAGAUAGUUCAGAGGAGAUAAGAUAAGCAAUAAGCAAUACUUAAAGCUCUUUGAGAGCGAGGAGAAAAUCAAGCUCUGCUCUUGUUUCAGAUCUGAAAAAAUCCAUCACGGGUCACGGGUCUGAAAGGAUGUGUAGCUGUCAAGAAGCAGUUAUUAAAAAAAGGAAAGAGUCCAGACCUGAACAUCACUGAAUGUAAUUGGGCUUACUUGAAUAAUGUGAAGCAGAAAAUGCAACCAACCUCUAUGACUGAACUUUGGAGGUGUGGAAAAACAUUGCUGCAGAUUUCUUCGACACACUAAAUACUGAACAUUUGGUAACACUUUACUGUAGGGUACUGUUCAUGAAGUUAUAUGACACCUACAUAAGCUUAUCAUGACAACUGACAUAAUCCUACAUAAAUGUUUAUACAUGCUUAUUCUAUAAGGCAUCAUCUGGCUACUUUAGCUAACUGAUCAAAAUUGGUAAAUGUAGCCUUUAUAGCAAACAAUGCCUAUUGGAAUAAGAAUUUAAAAACAUUUAUGUAGCGUUAUGUCAGUUGU